AUGUGUAAGGAGCGGAAGCCACUCGGCAUCGUAGCCGCCAGUUCUCCCUUUGUCCUGGUCCCCUGUGGGAGGCGAGGGAGUGCGUCUAGUUCAUGUCAGGUGGGUUUACGCAAUCCGCUCUACAGAGCUGGAUGGAUGACGGAGGCGCAGACGGCUGACCUAACGAUCAGGAUACGUCCACCAUGCGGACAGGGGACCUCCGUCCGCAAUGCAGCCAAGAGGCGUCGGUCCGGCAGCAUCAUUGCGAGUCGGCAGAAGGCGCAUGAGACCACGGCAUAUACCGCCGUCGGGCUUGCCGAUAUGCAGAGCACGCACACGGCGUCCUGCUUGCACCACACUGUCGGAUCUCUGCGCAGAGGUGGGGGAUGUGGAGACGGCACAAUAGCCAGCCAUCCUCUCGGUCACGGGGAGGAUGGGUGGGAUUCUGGUAGUUUGAAGCCGCCAAACCAUCAACACCCCUUACACGCACGCCAGAGGUCCAGCGUGGGAGGCAGCGUGGUGGAAUUGUUCGAAAGUUGCAGCGCAACCCAACUGAAGACGCCUCCAUCACCAACCGUCCGUCUGUCGCAUCGCGGCUGGCAUCUUUGGUUAGCCGCAGGGCGGAGGGCGGACCCGUCAUUUGGGAGAGGCAGGGACGCCGGUGGCACCAUGCCGCACGCUUCCUCGCGACAAGCUAAACUCGCCUCGGGCGUCAUGCCGUACGCCGGCGCCUACUUUUGGGGACGCAGCGGUUGGAGCGAAAUGGGUUGA